AUGAAAAAAAAUCUAAAAAAUUUAGACGAAUUUGAGGAUGAAGAUUUCUUAGAAAAAUCCCUCUUCGCAAGCAAAAUCAAAGAAAAUAUAUUCAGAAUAUUAGGCGAUCUUUUUAAGACCGAGUACAGCACAAAAGUAAGGCUUAAAGAGCAAGUCACUUAUGAAAUUCUGACAAACCUAAUUUUAGCUAUGCAGCUCACAUCUUUAACCUGGUACCCAAGCAUAAAUAUUGAAGGGUGGGAAUCAUGUGUAAGCUUUUGGCAAAGUGUCGGAGUUGCAAGUUAUGAUCAAGUUUGUGCUAGCUUUGGGGUUAUGAAUUUCUGCUUCUACGGCACAAUAUCUCUUGUUGGUGUGUGCCUUCUUUCGUUCUUUAUAUUUUGGCUUUUCAUAUAUUUUGAAAAACAAAUUCCCAAGAUUGUAACAAUUUUUCCGAGGAAAAUCGCCAUUUUCCUCUCAACACUAGGAUUAAUUCCUAGCUGGAAUUUGUCGCUCAUGAUAAUGAAAUAUUCACUUAUCAAUGCAAACUCUGUAGAUGAAUAUGAUGGAAAUACAUCAGCUAGUAGCUUGAAUUAUGGAAUCCUAGGAUUUAUCUUGUCUUUAUUUACUCUGAUUGCUUUACUUCCUUUCCUUUUGUUUUCAGAAGCAUUUAGAUGCGACAUAAAGCACACCAACGGUAAGAAAAACAUAAAAGCACGGUCUUCUGUCCAAUUAGACCUUGAGAUUCGUAGCUUUUAUAUAUUCAUGAGUAUUUCAUAUGUAACGUUUGGGUCGAAUAACAUAUUGAUUCAUCAGGUAAUUUUGCUUAUUUUUUCAGCACUCUUAUUUAUCAAGUGCCUUUUUUAUCUUCAAUAUUAUAACAUCAUACAAAACUUUAUUCAGGCCAGCGUUUUGGCUUCUAUUACGAGCACUUUGGUUAUUUUCAUUUUUGGUCAAAUAAUGAACAACGCGUUAAUUAUUGUAGUGUUCAAUUUAUUUAUGCAACCAAUGAUGAUUUUAUUUGCUAUUUAUAUUGUCAAAAGAAAUUACAGCAAAUUAAAAGAAAACCAAAACGUGCCUAAAAACCAAUUUGAGUUUGAAAGAAAAAUGAGGCAUUUACUAAUGGACAAAACUAUUGAAGACAAAAUUUCAGUGCUUAAUUUAUUCAAUAACUGUGCAAAAGAUAUCAAUUUUAAUAAAGAUAAGCUUUUUAUUAUUUGGGAGUUCAAUUUUUGUAUUGCUGUCAUUAAAGAUGAAAGGCUUGCGAGGAUGAAAUUAUCGCAAGUUCGUCAUUUUGAAAGCUCUUUUGAAGGAGAUAUACAAGAGUGAAGGAUUUUUUACUGGCUGGUUUCGAAAAAGUUUACAGCUUUUCCUGACACUCUUUACCUGGAGUAUUUAAGCGAUUUUACCUUGGUGCGAAAACAAGAUGAAAAAUUAUGCGAUUUAUUGGUUGAUUUGCAGUCAGAAUUUUCGCUGAGAGUGCCUAGGAUGAAAAAACUUGAAAUGCUAGUAAGCAGGGCUUGCUGCUUAAUAAAAAGGACUGAUGAAGGCUAUAAACAACUAGUGAGAAAGUUUAAGCAAAUAGAUGCCAUGGAGAACUACACAAGUUUUCUAUACAAUAUUAUGAAUAAUCAGGAAGAAGGAGACAAACUGAACAGAAAGAAAAAUGGACUAGAAAUGAAUAUCAGGAAAAAUAAUGGACAUGACCUUGAAAACUAUGGACGGGACAUAUGCAUAAUGCUAAUCACCUGUGAAGAUGAAAAUUUCGGAAAAGUGGUCUAUAUAAAUGAAAAAGCAAGAAAUUUUUUAGAAAUUUCUCUUAGCAAUGCAUUGGAAUGCCACAACUGAGACUUCAUACCUAAGCCUUACUGUGCGUGGCAUGAGAAAAGAAUGAAGACUUUCUUUACAGAAUUUAAUACUUCUUUCACUUGGUGCGAUUGGCUCUUUUUACAGACUAAUAAAGGCUAUUUAAAAGAAUGCAAUUUAAUUAUAAAAGCUACAGCUAUGCAUAACGCCCAAUAUUUUUUGGUUUCCUUUGAGUCUCUAGACACAAAUAGGCAGCUUGCACUAAUGACAAGAGAUGGGACCGUUACUGCUCAUAGUUUGCUUUUCUCACAAUCAAUCGGCUAUAAGGACACAGAAGUCAAGAACUAUCAUAUUUCCCAUCUUAUACCAGACUUUGAUAUAAAUACGAGACCAAUAAAUAAGCCGAAACUCGUAAGUCAAAACGGGCUACAAUUUGCUAUAGUUUAUAUGGAAAAACUUGUGGUGACGACCACGAUUUAUUUUUUAUUUGUUGUUCAGGACGAAUUAGAAAUAGAGAAGCUAUUAAAAGGGAAAAGCCUUCAGGAAACUAUUUUUAUGGAUGAAAUUAAAGAAGAUCUGAUAGGAAUUUCAAGCCAUGGGGAAAAAUAUGAAGCUCAAGAGCUGCAAGGCAAAGUAGAAACAGAUUUUUUAAUUCCAAAUAAGGCUAAUUCGCCAAAAAACAGUACAAAUCAAGGUGGAAAUGAUAAUUCUACAAUUCCAAACUCAAGCAGCAAUACAUCGCGGAUGAUAAAAAUAAGUAAUUAAAAUUCAGAGCAUUGCCAAGAUUUACUUUUGAGGUCCAAGAAGCAUAUUAGAUUUUUGCAGUUGGUUUUGAUGCUAGCUGUAAGUUAUAGUUAGAUAAUUUCGACAAUAGGAUUUUUGGGAGCCAUUUUACAGUAUAUGAAGCAUGAUAUUUCUACUCUUACUUCAACAGUUAUUUUUAGGGAUUUAGGCAAUAUGAUAUAGCUUUUGAGCAUUUUUAUGUCUUCUUAGUUUUUUUUAAUUGCUUUAAAAUUAAACAUCAUCACAAUUUUAUUUUUUGAUAAGAUAAAUAGAAAGAAACUCUAUAAGGCUUAGCUAUAACUGGUCUGAGGCUAUAUAUGACAUUGGACUUUCUGCUAAUUUUGCAGAAAGGCUCGAUCAAAAUUACAAAAAUAAUGACCCAGUGGAGUCAGCAAUAGAAAAUUUAGACAAAACUUCUUUGUCUUUAAUUGACACUCGUAAUAAAAUUUUUGAUGAUUUUGAAAGAUGAAGCUAUUGUGAAGCUUAUAAAGCUGUCACUAAGCCAAUAAUUCCCUUAUGAAACUUUGAUGAAAAAAAGCCAAAAGUAGUUUACGAUAACAUUUACAAUAUGCUGAACAAGUUUAUAUUCAAUGUAAAAAUUAUAUAGAGCCAAAAUAUGAUUCAAAAUAUAUAUACAAAAGAAGAUUACGAAAAUCAUGCAAAAUUUAUCAUUGCAAACGGGCUUGGAAUUGGAUAUAAAAGCCUCAUUAAUAAUCUCCAUGAAUUCGAAAGCUGUGAGGCUGAUGCUAUAGAAAAAAUAAGCUGAAAAAUAAAUUUUUUAUUAUUACUUGGGGUCGCAAUUUCUUCUAUCUUGUUUGGAAUAAUUGUAUGGCUCUUUGCUAUUGUUUCGAGAAAUUAUGAUAAAUUUUGGAAUUUUCUUCUGAACAAUGCUCAAUUUGCAUUGCUUUCCUUAAAAACUGCAGCUAUUGAAAGGCUUAUAGCUCUUUAUGACAAUAAUAUCGCCUACGAAGAGACUGAUCAUGGUCAUUAUAAAACAAAUAGAAAAAUCAAUUCGAAACUUCAGAUAAAAUAUACCUUAAGAUUGACAAUAUUUUUUUCCAUCACGCUUACUUACUUAUUAUUAGUCCAAUUGUAUCUCUACCCAAAAUGUGAAAAUUCCUUAAAAAUCCGCCCUAAAAUGCUUAUCAUACUGGCUAAUAAGCAAAAGUUUUUUCUCACGGAGAAAGUUAAUUUUUUUUUUUAAAACAAAUUUAUAUAUAUUUUUUUUUUCAAAAUAUUUUUUUUUCGAAAUUUAAAAAAAUCCUAAUUCCCAAAAAUUGGAAAGCUACUACAUUUCAUUAUAAUAAUUAUCACUUAUAUAUCAAAAUUUUUAUAUUAAAAAAAUUUUUGUUCACUCAGGGUGUUUUUUUGGGCAAAAAAUGGCGAUUUUUCUAAUGGUUUUGUUCACUCACGGAGGGGGGGAGUAAAUGAGAGGGUUUAAUUAUUAUUUCAAAAUGAUUUUAUAUUUAUUUUAGAACAACGCUAAAUUACUUUUAGCUUCUAAGAGGCCAUUUCUUAAAGAGUUUUAGCCUUAUAUCUAUAAAAUAGCUUUCCUGAUGUUUAAAAUCCAAUAUUUUUUUAAAUAUUUGAAAUAGAAAUAAAAUUUAAUUUCGAGGUAUGGAUGCACGCUGCUUAAAAUUAAUAGAAUUUCUUGGGAUUUCAUUAUUAUAUAUCAAACCAUUAUUUGAAUAAAUAUUUUAUCUAAUUUUUUUCUUCUAUAUUAUUUUCCUUGAAAAUAAAGAUUUCUCUAAUGAUUUUGCUCGCUAACCAAAAGGGAAGUUAACAAUUUUGAAGCAAGAAGGUCACUAUUAUCCAGAUUCUCAAUUUUUGCCAGAGAGCUAUAUUACCCAUAUUUGAUUCACAAUUUUGACGACUCCUUCGAUUUCAGCAAUAUCAAAUCACUAAUGGACAGAACAGCUAAAUUAAUUGAAGAAAAAAGCAUUGAGCUGCUAAGAAAUGACUUUCAAAACUUGAUGUCUCAAGAGUUAAUUAACUCUAUUUUCGAGCAAAGCAAUCAAACUGUCUCUUUCCUUAAUUUCGGUUCGUAUUCAGGGAUUGACAUUACAAAAUUUGAUCUACUAGAUGCAGCUUUUAAUUCUAGUAAGAACUCAGAGGGCAUGCAGAUAUUGCUCAGCUUGACUAAAGAAGUGGAAAACGAAAUUUGGGAUGAAUUGCAGAUGGCUGAGAAUGAUUCCAAGAAUAUCAUAAACUCAGAGAUAGACAUCAUUGUAUAUACCACUAUUGCUUAUUCAUUGAUUCUAUCUGGGGUAUUUUGCUUUUAUUAUUUUCCAUAUAUGAAUCAAGAAAUUAAGAAACUUAGCCUCUAUUCUAUACUACCAAGUAUUUUGCAAAUGGAGGCUGGAGACCCAUUCGCCUAA